CACAAGGCUGGCACAUUGCUCUCUGUCUUGUGAACACGGCCUUCCUCUCCCCGUCUCUGCUCCUUGGACCUGAGAAAUAACCCUGAAUCAGCAGCAACUUUAUCCAGUUUUCUGAAGAUUUAACGGAUUAUACCUGCUGAAAACACAUCAGUGCUUCUGUUUUUUUUUAAGUGCAAGAAUUUAGAAAAGGAGUAGAUUUUUUUUUCCAGCUCCAGAGCUGUAUUAGUUUUCCAAGAUGGCACCUGUGAGAGGCUGGAUGGUUGGACUCCUGCUGGUGCUAUUGUGCCCAUCUCAGGUCCCACUCUCUGGUUUAGUAAGUGCCCAGGAUGUGGUCAAAGCAGAGGAAGAUCUCUACACCAGACAUGCUAAAGAGCUUGUGGACAAAGAGGGUGAAACAGCUGAUGGAGGUGAUGGUACUGAAGAUGAUGAAGAUACAGCAGAAAAUGAUGAAGAAGGGGAUGUAAUCAAUGACGAGGAAGCAGUGGCAGAAGAAGAGACAGCUGAUGAGGGGGAAGAAGCUGCAGAAGAAGAGAGUGAUGAUGAUGAGUCUGGAGAGGAACAGGAUGCUGCUGCUGAUGAUGAAGAGGCAGAGGAGGAAGGAGCUGAUGAGGAAGAGGAGAAUGUUGCUGAUGAAGAGGAAGAAGCUGAGGAAGAAGCUUCUGAUGAGGAAGAGGAAGCAGAGGAGGCUGCAGAGGAAGAGGAAGCAGGUGAAGGUGAAGCUGCAGAGGAGGAGGAUGCUGCUGCUGAGGAAGAGGAAGCAGAUGAAGGUAAUGCUACAGAGGAGGAGGAGGCAGCAGAGGAAGAGGAGGAUUCUGAUGAAACCGAGGAUGAUGCUGAAGAAGAAGAGCCUGGUGACAGUGUUGUAGAUGAAGAUGAGGACGAAGCCAAAGCUGAACAUGAGGAAGAGGAGACCUCUGAAGAAGACAGGGUAGCUGAGCAAGAGGAGGAAGAAGCAGAGGAUCAUAUCCCUGAAGAUGGCUCCGAAGAGGGCGAAGAUGAAAGUGACAACGCAACAGAAAACCUUGGUGGCUUAGCUGAGGAGGAGACAGGCACAGAUACACAACAGUUCCACUCUGGCUCUUUGUGUAGUGUUUGCACCAUAUGUGAGCAUUGCGCCAAAAACUGCAACCAUUGCCCCUGUGAGGAGGGAGAUGAAUCAGCUCAUUGUGAGGAAUGUGAGGGCUGCUCAUCCUGCUACAUUUGCCCCAUACUGUGUGAUACAGUUUGCACACCAGGUGGCCUUGUUGAUGAGCUAUCUGGAUCCCUCUUUCAGACUAUUACCUCCCUGCUCUGAGUGGGCUGGAGACUCUUUUCAUGCCAAAUUCUGGCUUCACUGGAUGCUGCUCUUUGAACUGCUGCUGUUUCAGCAGCUUCGGAUUCAACAAACGCUUGCUCUUCUCAUAGUUUAUGUUUUAAGAAUGACUUCUAUAAUAUUUUACACUAGGAUUUGAUCAACCUUUGCAGGUUUUAUUGUAAAGAUAUCUUUAUUUGAGCUAUGUAUUUUCAUUUCACAAUGGCGGGAAUCUAAAGAUUGUAAAGAAGAUGACUGCAACUGAAGUACAUGGAAAUGUGUCGGGCUAUAUUCAUGGAGUUUGCUGUUUUUUAGAGGACAAUGUCAAACAUGUUAAUGUUUAAACACUGUACAAAGUAAAUACAGACUAAUCCGCAAACAAAUGUUGCCCUUUAUGUAAAAAAAAGUCCAAGGCUGCUUGUCUUCUCUGCUUCUCUUACAAAGUUUUUUUUUUUUUACAUGUGUGUGAUCUUUGAAACAGAACUCCUGGAUCAUUUUUUAAAACAUCCUAUAAACAUAUUAAGCUUUAUGAAUUCAAGUCAGUUUUGCAGUAAAUUAAUUAUUUUUUCAGCUUAGAAUGAGUCAUAUCUGAAAAUGAUGGACUACUGUAACAGAACCAGCAAA